UUUCAAAUUCCUUCAAUUCUACAAACUUGAAUUUAAAAACAAGAUCUAAUAACCUACUUGCCAGAAUUCUGAAUGGUUCCUAUUUCGCUUUGUGGGAAAUUAUAGCAUUAAGAAGACAGCGAAUUAUCGUGCUUUUCCCACUGUUCGACAAACCACCUUCUAACGAAGUAUUUGUUAUAAUUGUCUUUGGCGAUCGACAGCUUCCACUGAUGGUCGAGAUAAUACGCGGAAUAUUCUAAAAGACCACGAAAAGUCGAUUUCGGGGUAUUAUAUUUUGGGGUUUUAUUUAUCAUGGCUUAUUGUCACUAUUGUGAUUCCCACGAAGGUGAAUAGAGUACACAAAGAAGAAAUGGACAGUUCCACAACCUAUUCCAACUCACUCAAGGGCUAACUAUGUCGCCUGUGACGUCGUUUUUCACGGCCAAAUCACGAAGACCAGACAGGUCUACUUCUUGUUAAGUAAUGGGAAACCCUAACGAAGAUGGAGAAAAGAAAACUAGCUCAGGAAAUCAUGGCUCGACACACUCUCUACACAUUGCCAAUGGGGGAAGCCAGGACAGAGUAUCAAUGCAUUCAAAGUCUACAUCUCUUAGGCAGAAGAUCGGCAACCGACUGCUCGAGUUCAUCCGUAUGCCGUAUGCGUUGUUUAUACUAUCAGAGCGAAACCCUAUUCGAAGACUCUCUAAGAACAUUGUGGAGCACAAGCUGUUUGAGUAUUUCAUCUUGCUGAACAUCGUUGCGAACUGUGUUGUUCUGGCAAUGAAUAAACCUCUUCCUAUGGACGAUAAAAUCGAGAUUGCCAAGGAUCUGGAACAUGCCGAAGUGUACUUUGUAGCUAUAUUCUGUAUAGAAGCCACUCUAAAAAUACUUGCCUUGGGAUUUGUUCUACAUCCUGGUUCAUACUUACGCAAUGGAUGGAAUAUCCUUGAUUUUGUGGUCGUCGUUAUCGGUGUUAUUAGUUUACCGAAUGUUGACAUCAAAACAGACAUGGACAUCAAGUCUUUAAGAGCUGUCAGAGUCUUACGGCCUGUCAAACUAAUAUCAGGCGUACCAAGCUUACAGGUCGUCAUGAAGUCCAUUGGCCGGGCCAUGGUGCCUUUAUUGCAGAUUGCCCUUCUUGUCUUAUUUGUUAUCGUUAUUUAUGCAAUCAUCGGGCUAGAGUUCUUAAUGAAGCAAUUCCAUACGACAUGCUUCAGAAAUAGUUCAGGUGUUAUGGAGAUGACUCCUGGGCCAUCGCCGUGUGACAAAGGACCUUAUUUCGGCGUUCGUCAGGUUUUUCACGGCCGACAAUGUUCCGGAGACUAUCCGAUAUGCGACGAGUUCUGGGUGGGACCGAACAAUGGGAUCUCCACGUUUGAUAACAUCGCCCUCAGUAUGUUGACAGUGUUUCAGUGUAUUACCAUGGAAGGCUGGACCGGUAUCAUGUAUUCUACAUUUGAAGCAAUCGACAGGGACGGCUACUUGUACUCUGUAUAUUUCGUGUCGUUGAUUGUGAUUGGUUCGUUUUUUAUGCUCAACUUAGUUCUUGGAGUCCUCAGCGGGGAAUUUGCCAAAGAGAGAGAAAGGGUAGAAACCAGAAGAGCGUUUUUCAAGGUCCGGAGACAGCAACAGUUGGACAGACAGGUAGCCGGCUAUCUGGACUGGAUAACCAAAGCUGAUGAAAUUUUAAUACGUGAAAAGUCGCGUCGAGAAAGUAUAUCAACGGUAACCGCUGAUACUGAAUCACAGGCUCAAGUCAUAAGUCAAGAUACUUCUACCAAUCAAACAUCAAACGAUAGACUGAAACAAAGUUGUAUGGAUCGGUUCUCUAUCGAACAGCAACGCUUGAAGCUACUUAUUAGAAAAUCUGUCAAGUCUCAGUGGUUUUACUGGACUGUGCUUAUAUGUGUUUUCCUCAAUACAAUAUCGCUAGCUACAGAACAUUAUAACCAACCUAUAUGGUUAGAUGAAUUUCAAGACAAGGCGGAGAAGGUUUUCCUCGCAAUAUUUACGCUGGAGAUGGUAUUAAAGAUGUACUCGUUAGGGUUCGAUGUGUAUUUCUCAUCGAGCUUCAAUGUUUUCGACUGCGUGGUCGUGUGUUCUGGUCUCGUAGAGGCUGUGCUGGAUGCAGUAUUAGAUCAGAAGAUCAAUCUGGGUCUGAGUGUGCUGCGUUGCGUCAGAUUGCUUAGAGUGUUUAAAGUCACCAGACACUGGAAGUCUUUGCGAAAUCUCGCAACGUCAUUGGUCAGCAGCAUCAAGUCCAUUAUGAGCUUGAUAUUCCUGUUAUUCCUGUUUAUACUCAUAUCCGCGCUGCUUGGAAUGCAGAUCUUUGGUGGAAAAUUUAUUGGUGAGACGAAGAAUCCCCGAACCAACUUUGAUAACUUUCCAAACGCCAUGCUAACGGUUUUUCAGAUUCUUACCGGAGAAGACUGGAACAGCGUAAUGAGUUACGGCAUUAUGGCGUACGGAGGCCCUAAAACUACGUGGGGCCUGGUUGUCAGCCUAUAUUUUGUGCUUCUCGUCAUUGUUGGAAAUUACACGCUUUUAAACGUCUUCUUGGCUAUCGCCGUGGACAACUUAGCAAACGCCCAAAUUCUCACCCAAGACGAAGAGCAGGAGGAGGAAUUAAAAGAACGCAAGAAAUCUGAGCACCACGAGAAGUUCUUGCCUCCCCCUCCCCCGGCAGAGACGGACUUGCGGCAGAGCAAAUGGCGGAAAGCUAAACCCAUUCCCGUAGUACUUGCUAUCAAAAACUUCGUCCGUGACAACAAACAGGCGAAUGGCGACCAACUUGAAUUCGACGGACCACCAAACGUUGGCAACAGAAGAACAGAUAGACGGUUUUCUGCGGCUCUUGGAAAGAAAAUCCAGCUCUACCGCCUAGAAGAAAAUCAGACAGAAAACCGGAUAAAUGAGGAUGGUCCGGACGGCGGACAGUCGGAUACAGGUGACGGGUCCACUCGGAAGCGAAGGGUGAGAGAGAGGAGAGGAGGACGACGCCGAACUACCGACAAAAAGGAUAGCAAACAGAACGAGGAAGACGACGAUGAAGAAGACGACCAGCCAAUCACUGCUAAAAACUUCAUGAAUGUUUUACACGGUGGUCGUCUGGGUAACAGAAGGAGGCGUGGCUUAAAGACGGUCCAAGUCAUUAGAACAAGGACGCUGUUUAUCUUUGGCCCAGACAACGGGUUUCGCAAACUGUGUCAUUCUAUUGUCAAUUUGGCGCAUUUUGACACCGCAAUGCUUGUUGUCAUCGGCCUCAGUAGCUUAACGAUAGCAGCCGAGGACCCGCUACGGGACGACGCGCCACGAAAUAAUAUUCUGUGGUAUUUUGACUGUGUUUUUACCGCGAUUUUCGCCUUCGAAGUCGUCGUAAAGGUCGUGGAUCUUGGGCUCAUACUUCAUAAAGGCGCUUAUCUGAGGAACACAUGGAACAUCAUCGAUGCCAUCGUCGUCAUCUGCAACAUUGCGUCCCUAGUGCUUUCUAAAAACGAUGUCCACGCUGGACUCGCUGCCUCAUGGAUAAAGGCACUCCGAGUCGUCCGUGUGUUGCGUCCAUUCAAGAGCGUGCACAAGAUCAAGAAGCUACAGGCUGUAUUCCGUUGCAUGUGGUUCUCUGUAAAGAACGUCGCCAACAUCCUGAUGAUCACCGGCCUCUUCCUACUAAUCUUCGCCGUCAUCGGCGUCCAACUUUUUAACGGGAAGUUUUGGAAAUGCACAGAUGAGGCCAAACUCUACGAGAAGGAAUGCCAGGGUCAUUUUUUCAAGUUUAAAUACGACAAGCAUGGUGUACCUGUAGGAAUGCCAACGGUCGAGGAGCGGAAAUGGGAAAAGAUCAAGCUGAAUUUUGACAACGUGGGAGAAGCUAUGCUGACGCUGUAUACGUCAUCGACAGGGGAGGGCUGGCCUACGGCGAUGCACCGGACAAUGGACACCACCGAAAAGGACAAAGGCCCUAUCCAGGAUUACAGCACGGAGUACGCCAUCUUCUACGUCAGCUUCGUGGUCGUCUUCUCUUUCUUCUUCUUGAAUAUCUUCGUAGCCCUGAUUAUCUUGACCUUCCAGGACCUCGGCGAGAAAGAGAUCUCUAACUGCGAACUGGACAGGAACCAGCGGGAUUGCAUCCAUUUCGCACUAUCAGCCAAGCCAGCCCAGUUCUACAUGCCGCGCAACAAGCACAGCUUUCAGUACAAAGUGUGGCUGGUGGCCUCCUCCAGGCCCCUCGACAUCUUCAUCAUGGUGCUCAUCGCACUCAACAGCGUCGUGCUUAUGAUGCAGUACUAUGGACAGUCUGAUCAAUACGAGAAAGCUUGCCAAUACCUAAACAUCGCAUUUACCUCCAUGUUCACCCUCGAGGCUGCCAUCAAGAUCACCGCGCUCAGACUGAAUUAUUUUCGCGACUACUGGAAUCUAUUUGAUUUCUUUAUCGUUCUGGGAGGCCUUUUGGACAUGGCGUUCACAAUUGUCGCGCACAUGUCCGAGCAGGCCAACAGUAACAAUGGAAAGAGCUACAUGCCUAUCGACCCGAGUAUGUUCCGUCUGUUUCGCGCAGCUCGACUCAUUAAGCUCCUACGACAAGGAUACACCAUUAGGAUUCUCCUUUGGACUUUCUUGCGGUCAUUCAAGGCUUUGCCCUACGUCACCUUACUCAUAAUGCUGCAGUUCUUCAUGUACGCUGUCAUAGGGAUGCAGCUUUUCGGCAAGAUCGCGCUUGACGAUGAUACGGAAAUAAACUCGCAUAAUAACUUUAGAGACAUCUUCCAAGCUUUACAAGGGUUAUUCAGAGCGGCGACCGGAGAGGACUGGCACCUAGUGAUGACCGCAUGUUUUUCGGACGCCAAGUGCGAUAAGUUGGCCGGUAUUUCUACUGGGUGUGGCUCAACACCGCUCGCAAUCAUCUACUUUUGCUCCUUUAUUUUUCUCUGCAUGUUUCUGAUGCUGAAUCUUUUUGUUGCGGUCAUCAUGGACAACUUCGAGUACCUGACGCGAGACGAGUCCAUCCUAGGCCCUCACCAUCUGGACGAGUUUGUCCGCGUGUGGUCUGAGUACGAUCCUGCUGCCACUGGAUUCAUCCAUCACAGUGAAGUUUAUAAGAUGAUGUGCAGCAUGUCGCCACCUGUAGGCUUCGGCAAGAAGUGCCCACGAAUAGUGGGAUACAAGCGUCUCAUCAAGAUGAACAUGCCACUGGAUGAGAACGGGAAAGUCACCUUCAGCACGACUCUGUUUGCACUCAUCCGCAUCUCACUCAACAUCAAGCUCCGGGGAAACAUGAACGCGAAUGACACGGAACUGCGGAAGCUCAUUAGUAGACUUUGGCCCAACUCUACCUCGCCCAAAGUGCUGGACAAACUCAUACCCAAACAAUCAGUCCUCAGCAGUCAGCAGAUGACGAUAGGGAAGAUCUACUGCGCGAAGCUCAUUCACGAGAAUUACAAAUACAGCAAGAAAAAGGAAGACAGUGGUUUUCAGAGCGGCUUACUCCGUCGCAUCGUCGGCUCGAUUCGUGGUAAAGGUCGUCACAGCGAUCGCAUUUCGGCUCCAUCCGAGACUGACUCGUACGACCAGAACUUCUUGUCGCCAAGACUUCGGAGCCGGACAUCGGAAGAACCCAACGAGAACAGUAUACCGAGGAAGCCGGUGUCCAAGAAGUCUAGUGACCACUCCUCCUCUUUAGUGGCUAACUCGAUAGCGCGGUCGCAUAGCUGGAGUUCUCAAGCGAACGGAGAUAUUGAGAUGUCGGAGUCAAUCUUGCGAGAUAACCUCAACCCUGCCAGCUCCCCGUCGCUACGGAAUGGACAAGCACGGAAAGAGGAAAAAGGGAUGAACGGGCCUGUGAUACCAAUGGCAUACCUUACGUCCACGGGCAGCCCUAAUCCACAGAGGAAGCGUAAAAAUGACCCUCACCGUACUAUAGAUCAUAGUUCCGUCCACCGUGCUAGCAGAGACACCGUGCGGACAGGCCGUGACGGCCAUAAACCCCAAGCUCCAAACCCCACGCAAUCACGUGACCGGUCACGUGAAAGACCACGUGAUCAACCACGUGACGACAAGUACUACGACGACAUGAUCGUGCGAAUCAACGAGGAGCUUGAGCAGGCGGUGAAAAAGGGACAAAGUCCAUAUGAUAUAUAUGGCUUAGAGGAGGACGACGCAAGUGAAUGGUGCUGACAAUAUAUGGACAUCAAAUUAAUGCCAUAUAAGGGCAUAGACACCAAUUAUGGUAAACAGCCCGAUAGAAAUCCCGUCCCUCGUAUCUCAGUCAACUCAGACAUAGUUAGGGUACGUUGGACGUGAAAUUCGGUAAGGUGUACGGAGGCACAGAAAAUCUCCGAAAUGGACUGAUCUAAUCUGAAGAUCGGCAUUGCUGCUGUUGAACAUUGUCAUACGAAUGCUGAAGAAUGUCUGCCUCUUAGGUAGACAAUAAUUAUGAACAAAACGACCAAAUCUAAGACAAUAUUGACGCCAAUUCUGGCGAGCUGAGUUUUACCACAAAUGUACGCAUAUUAUUUGCUGUGUAACCGAUCGGAUUAUUAUUACCCGACAUGCUUAUAGAGAAGGGGCCCUCUCGUGAUUAUUACAUCACUUCGACUUCAAUGUGAUGCAACACAGGCCUGUGUCAUCUCAUACAUGUCACGCUGUAGUUUCACAUAAUCUACAUUCUUGCUGCGCCUUUUAUGUUUAUUCUCACUGGCAUAUUGUUUUGACAUGUUGUUGGGAAUUUGUUUUAUCACUUAUUUCACAGCUCCCGCUUGAUUGCUUCAAGUCAUUAAUCCAAUUCUAGACGCUUCGUUGUUCAACAUUUUCUUAACGACCUCAUGUAAAACCCAAAUCUCUUGCUUUUCCAUCCAGUUUUAUUUUUCACACAUUGUAGUCCACACUUUUUAUCACCUGAGGGCCGUGCUAGCGUAGAAAAUCAUUUUAUUUUCAUUUACUCUUGCGCUGCCAUUUUCAAACAAAGGUAGAAACAUAAAACUACAAUCUUGUGCAAAAGUUGAAGGGAAUUCUUUAAAUAAAAUGAACACAUUUAAACGUUUUUAGGCACCCUCUCCCCCCAAGACAAUGUUGCUUAGAAGGUCAUCAAGGAUAAACGCCGCUCAUAAACAACAUUUAUUUAUGGGGGGGGGGGGGGCUCAAAUUUAGUUGAAAACACAAAUUCUUAAGUAUUCCGAAAAAAAUCUAACAUUUUAUAUCCAAGAUUGUAGAAACACUCAAAUCAUAAACACUAUAUAUAUACCAGUAUUGAAUAUAGUGACUUGACGAACAAGAUUUAGUAACACUCAAACUUUAAAUACUAUAUAUGCCAGUAUUGAAUAUAUAGAGAGACUUGACGAACCGUGCAUAUUUGUCCCUUCUCAAAAAUGGUAAUGUCUUGAUUGAAAAUGGCUCCGCAAUGACAAAGAGUGUUAACAUCGACUUUAUUAUGUUUUACAACCUAUGGUGAAGUAUAGAUCAGAUAUUUAAGCAGCUGCGCUCCAGGCCUCUAAUAUUGGUAGACCUGUGCGCAGAUUAUUAUGACAGAUGUAAGCCAUUAUAAUUUUUUAAUGAAUAAAGACGCAACAUUUUCAGACUA